AAAAACUUUUGUGAAAUGCCCCGCGUUUCCAGUCAUAAAGGUUCUUCCACACAUUAUUCUCUGCCCCUCCUUCCACUCACACCACUCGAUCUAAUCAGAUCAGAUAACCCUCUCUCUCCACCCUCACCUUUUUCUCCUCCCCUCCCCUCCCUCUUAAACCUCUCUUCACACAUCACACCUCCCAUACAUCCCCAACCCACCAGUCUCUCAAAAUGUCCGACACGCUCUCGUCGAUCGCUUCCUUGAGGUCCUCCCUCACAGCCGAAAGCACCCCCCUCCCCGUCCGCUUCCGCGCCCUCUUCUCCCUCAAGCACCUAGCCGUAACCGCCCCCUCCCCCACCUCCCCCGAAGCCCUCGCCGCAAUCGAAGCCAUCGCCGCAGCUUUUACCUCCCCUUCCGCCCUCCUCAAGCAUGAGCUCGCUUACUGCCUGGGCCAGACCCACAACCUCGCCGCAGUCCCCUACCUGACCAAAGUCCUCGAAGAUCUCGCCGAAGAUCCCAUGUGCAGACAUGAAGCAGCCGAAGCUCUCGGCGCGCUAGGCGACACCGGAAGCCUGGAGAUUUUGAAAAAGUACAAACACAGACAAGGAGAGGACGUCAGUGUAAGGGAGACUUGUGAAAUCGCCAUUGAGAGGAUAGAGUGGGAGAGUAGUGAGGAGAGAAAGAGGGAGAAGCUUAGGCAGAGUGACUUUGCCUCGGUCGAUCCUGCCCCUCCCAUGCCCCAGGGCGAAGAGACACCGAGUGUCGAGGAGCUGCGCAAGACGCUCAUGGACACCACCAAGCCCCUUUUCCUCCGAUAUCGCGCCAUGUUUGCCCUUCGCGAUUUGGCGUCUCCUCCUGAUCUCCCGACUGCUGUCCCGGCUGUUUUGGCAUUGGCCGAAGGCUUCGCGGAUAACUCUGCGCUUUUCAGACAUGAAAUUGCUUUUGUUUUCGGGCAGCUGUCGCAUCCUGCUUCUAUUCCCGCGCUGACUGGUGCAUUGAGCAACACGGAGGAGGCGUCGAUGGUGAGGCACGAGGCUGCCGAGGCGCUGGGCAGCUUGGGUGAGGAGCCCGGAGUGGAGGAGACGCUCAAGAAGUUCUUGCACGAUAAAGAGAAGGUGGUGAGGGAGAGCUGUAUUGUUGCGCUGGAUAUGGCCGAGUAUGAGAAGAGCAAUGAGGCGGAGUAUGCCUUGAUUCCGGAGGUCACUGCUUAAGCAAGGGAUUUGAGUGGGAGGUAAAUAUGGAUGGGUAUCUUUGAGCGUUCUAUUGUUGAUAACAGGCGUUGGGUCAUUAAAACGAUGUUUGGUUUGGUUGCCUCUUGAGAAGGCGGGUUUGUUAGAUGUUUCUGUGCUCGGGCAUAUCGUGGGUGGUUGUCGUGAAUUAGGAAGGGUAGCAGCUCAGUUGUUGGUGGACCAUCUGGGGGUUCAAUGUUAGCAAGAACAGAUAAGACAAUGUCGAUAUCAACUGUUGCGCACUUUUCAC